AUGAAUGGCACUUUUGCUGACCACUGCCUCAAGCCCGACUACACCCUCCCGCCGACCCUGUCGAGCCCGGCCGCCCCAACUCUUGGUAGCGACAGUAACUGCACAUACCAAGAGAACAUCACAGAGAGUAUCUGUGCCGAGCUGUACAAUCCCAAGCGCGAGCCGCCGUAUGGUCUCCAAUACUCCAUGUACUCGGACACCUCCAUGUACACCGAAGAAGGUCACAAGAAAGUACGCGGCUCUCUCACCGAGAGUCGCUACCUCACCUUUGGGGCCAAUGGGUAUGCCGUAGAUGCUGGAAAGAAUGCCCUCCUCCUCUCUGCGACCAAAGCCACGUCGGACCAUGAGAGUAUCCACCAGCAAUGGAUUCUGCACGAGGCUGAUAUCGACGCAACAACCUUCACCGUCUCCAGUGUCGUGGACGGCGCAAACAUUCACCAUACGAACCUCGGCGGCUCGAAAGGGUACACUAUCAAGACCGCUGCAGGCCUGUACCUCACCUUGACUAAGUUGGGCGUGGUCUUGGUGUCGAUCGUGCCCACUCCAUUUGACAUUUACAGUGAUACAUACACCUACCUCAUGAACGAAAGGAUGUGA